GUAGCCAUUUCAUCUAGCGAAAAGCCAUGCAUAUAUAUUUACAAUCCAUUAGAGAGUGACGUUUGCACACAGGUAAUAAAUUUCAGCUCCAAUGUUAUCGAAAUUAUUAAGUACAACAAGGAGUAUGACCUGUGUGUGCUCAGCGAUAAUAGUGGCCUCAUCGAUAUAGUGGAUGUUGACAGUUUUCACUUCCCCAAGGGGAGGGGCCAAAGAAGUGGUGGCCAUAGGAGUGGCGGGGCCCAUCACCCAGGGGGUAGACCCAAUCGGGAUAGCCAAAGCGGAGAUGAUGGCACCCCCACGUAUUGGAAAAGGCACAACCUGGAGAAGAAGCAACUCUCCUUUUCCUUCAAAAGUGAAACAGACCUAUACGAACUGUGCAAAUACAAAACGUACGCCCUAUGUGUGAGUAUAAGUCCCGAUGGAGAGUUCAUGGCCAUCCUAUCGGAAAAUUAUUUCUUGUAUAUCUACAAAUUUGAGACGAUGAAGUUGUACAGAGUAUACGACGAAAGUACGGAGAUGUAUUUAACAGCCCAAAACGACCCCCUAAAGAAAGAGCUUCACAUUGAUAGCCUAGACUUUGGGAAGAGACUCUUCAUUGAAAAGGAAAUAAAAAAACACAUAAAGAGUAAAAAUAUAAAAUUGAAUAUGAUCACAUUUGAUGAAUCCAAUCAGUAUGUCAUUUAUUCCACCUUCAUCGGAAUUAAGGUCGUCAAUUUUGUUACUAACCAGUUGUGCUACAUCAUUGGGAAAAAUGAAAUUAAUCUGAGGUACCUAUCCCUUGGACUUUAUCAAAAAAUUAUCUCAGCAAAUAAAACCAGAGCAAACAUUCACGAAUCACUCUACAUCAACGAUGAUAAUAUCUCCGACUGUGCUUUGUUCUGUACUGUGUACAAGAAGGCGCGUUUCUACGUGUUCACAAAAAAGGCCAUAUCUGAACAGGAGCUGGACGAUAGAGAUAUAUACAAUGAACAGCCAAACAAAAAUGACCUGAACUCUUUCUUUUCGUCACCUAUAAAAAAGGUAGAGGAUAGCAACAGAACGUAUAAAAGUGCAGUAAUUUAUACGACUCUUGGCGAAAUACACAUUGCUCUUUUUUACAAAGAAUGCAAAAAGACGGUUGAAAAUUUUUCUCUGCAUUCGACAAAUGGAUACUACAAUAACUGCAUAUUUCAUCGCGUUAUCAAAAAUUUUAUGAUACAAACUGGAGACCCCUUGGGAGAUGGCACUGGUGGGGAAAGCAUUUGGGGGAAGGAAUUUGAGGACGAAUUUUUUGACCAUCUCAAUCACUCCAAACCGUUUAUGGUAUCCAUGGCCAACUGUGGACCCAAUACCAAUGGCUCCCAGUUUUUUAUUACCACUGUCCCGUGCCCUUGGCUCGACUUCAAACACACCGUCUUUGGAAAAGUCACCCAGGGGACCAAGGUCGUCCUAGACAUAGAGAAGGUGCGCACGGACAAAAGGGACAAGCCCCUCGAGGACAUCAAAAUUUUGAACAUCAAAAUGUGCCAUUAG